AUGGAAAAUGUGGGUGGGCCAGCCCAGCCAGGGAGUACUAUGGUCUGGGGGCUCCUGGAGAGGGGGCGUGGCCCAGAGAGGGUCCUCACAGAGAAAGGAGUCAGGAGAAUCUCCUGUGGACACCUCUCUUCCCCCUCCCCUCAAGGCAGGGCCAGCUGGGACACCCCAGCCUCUAGACCAGCUGGGCUGGAGCAGGUGGGCCUUCUCUUAAUGCCCAGGAAUCCAGGAUCUGCCCUUCCUUGCAGAUUCCCUUCCAUUUCUCCUUCUGUAAAACAAGGGGAGGAUAAGACGGGCUCUCCUGCUUCAGAAGCCUGA